UCAGGGGUGUAUCCUCCAUCAUGUCAACUCCUCCAGCUGCAAGGGAUAAAGGCUCAGAGUCCAGGACACACCUAGCUGUAUAUAGUCAGUGACUGCUGCCGCACCUCAUCCCAGUGCUCAGAGCUACACGGACAAGUCUUCUCACACCAGGACCCAGGCACAUAAGACCACAAUAUGUCUACAGCAAUCGACCCCAAAAAAUGCAAGGAUGACAAAAAGCAUGGACACAGUGAUGAGAAACAUGGUCACAAGCAUGGAGAACACGGUCACGGAGAACACAAGCAUGGAGAACAUGGGCACUGCAAAGGACACAAGGGUGAGCACAGCCAUUCCAGUGACUCCAGCGAUUCCAGCAGCUCAAGUGGAAGUGACUGUGAGAAAGGGAAGUCACACGGAGAAGGCCAUGAGCACAAGAAGAAGGAAAAGAAGCUGCAUAAGGAGAAGAAACCCAAAGACAAGAAAGAGAAGAAGGAAAAAUCUGAGAAGAAACAUUAAUGGAAAUGUUUUUCUCAUUCCCUGAAAAAAACUGUCCAGAAUUAUUUUGAGCAGUUUCUCGGCAGCCAAUGGGAACCCAUCAUUGGCCAUCUUGUAUCCCAAGCAGAGGCUGCUCUGUAUGAUGUGUCAAUAAAGAUAGUCUAAAAUUGA